AUGUCCUUCCACGCCCCCGUUCUCCGAGCGGGCUCAAAAGCCGCCUCAUCAUCAACCACAUUCAUCUGCACUCAAUGCAGACACGCAACCCUUCUCCGCCGUCCUAAGAGACCAUAUACAUUCACACAGCUCAUCGCUCUCUCUGAUGGAAGCACAUUUACCCACCGAACCACAUCGCCUCAAGCUGUCUACCGAUCUACACGCGACACCCGCAACGCAUUGCUAUGGAACCCUAGCAGUGAAAAGCUGCUAAACCUUGAAGAUGAUGAGGCAGGUCGAUUAGCUGCUUUCAGAAGCAGGUAUGGACGAGGAUGGGACUCUGCUACGAAAGUAUCUGCGGAGGAUGUGGCUGCCGCCGAGGCUGUUGCUGCUACUGAGACUGGAACUGCGGCUGCACCGAAACAGACGGCUAAGGCGCCUGAGAAGGAGGAGAUCGUGGAAUCUGAAUUCGAAGAUGAGGACGAGGACAGUUUGUUGGAUUUAAUUAGCUCGUUUGGCCAGGAAGAGCCAUCUGCUGGGUCGAAGAAGAAGUAA